GCUGUGUUUGAGCUCGCACACCUUUUCCAGCUAAACCAACAAGUCCAUGAGUAGUGACCACAAAUACGGAGACUGCUCGUAGGUGUCGCCAUUUGACCAUGAUGUCGCCGGAGAUCGCCUCUUUGUCCUGGGGCCAGAUGAAGGUGAAGGGUUGCGCCUCUGUCUACAAGGACUGUAAGGUCUGGCCCGGGGGCAGCAGGGCCUGGGACUGGAGAGAGACCGGGACUGAUCAUCACCCUGGAAUCCAGCCGGCCGACUUGGAGGAGGUUCUGAAGAAAGGGAUCGACACGCUGGUCAUCGGCAGAGGAAUGAGGGAAGAACUACAGGUCCCAUCCUCCACGCAGGACUUUGUGAAGCAGACAGGGGUGAAGCUCAGGGUCCUGCAGACAGAGAAGGCCGUCACUGAAUACAACAACCUGGUUGGCCAGGGCACGCGGGUGGGCGGGGUCUUCCACUCCACCUGCUGAUGACAUCACUGCCACGACUCAUAGUCUGACUCCAGGAAAACCACCUGCAGAGAGUGUGUGUGUGUGUGUGCAGGCUACAGACUUUGUUUUGCUAUACAGUAACUGGCUGAGCACCAAUAGUGUAAAGCGCAUGCCUUAAAUCCAGACCAUGUUGCCUCAGCCGAUGUGCCACCUGUGGCUAACUUUUUCCCAACCUUGGCUAGCAGAUUUUUGCACAUUCAAGAAAUGGUGACACGCACUUCCCCCUCUUUAUCCGUGCAGGAGAACAAAGUCGAUGAUUUUAAUGGAAAUCAGCACUCGGAUAUCUGAAGUUUUAUUAACAAACAAACACAAGACCACAGUUGGUCUUUGACCGGUGUGCUAAUUGGUCCCCACAGUGCCAUUUGAAUAGUUGCACACGGUCACAAAAGAUCACAAAAACAGGAAAUAGCACCAUCUUAGUACAUUUCAUAAUUUCCAUUUAAGCUUAAAUGAGGUUGAUACACCUCAGUCACAUACUGUCAUGAACACAUCUGGGAUUUUAGCCUUUGCUUCAUAUAAUGGGGAGACGUUUUGUUGCUCUGCUCCAGAGCCCACUCAGCCCCACUUCCCAACUGGGUUACAAAUGGCGGUUGUACAUGUCCAGUACCUCAGCCUGGGCUAAUUAAUCUGUCUUGACAAGCACUCUUUGAGGCCUUCGUGUGGUUGGUUUAAUAUCAGAAAUAAGGUUUGUCAGAAAUCAGAGGCAUCAAAAUCAAUAAAUCAUAAAUGCAGUGCACUGUUAGACGAGAUGAAUGGUGAUUUACAAUCUCAAUCAGUUGCAAUUAUUAGCAUUCCAGUUUAUGAACUGUUCAACAAUACUUCAAGUUAAAUAUGAAUUUCAAAUGCAUCGUAUAAAGGGGUUCCCUUCUGUUACAGUUGCCCCUUUAUUGGAAAUGGUGUUUUCAGGAUCCCUACCAGUUCAAAACCCUGUUGAAAAAUCAGUACCUGACUGUCGUUUGUCGAUUACAAGGGGAAUUACAAGAUGAUGAUGAAAUAAUUAGAGUGCUUUUGCUUCAUAAAAUAAACAAUCACAGAAAGAA